UGUUACCGUAGGUACAGCUUAUAUUCUUAGACGCUUCUGACGGUCAGCUUGGUUAGGUACCUACCUAUGCUUAAAAACCCUAGUUGCACAUUACACAAGGAGGAACAGCAUUAAUUCAUCAAAUUCAGUUGGGCUUUUCUUCUCCUCCUUCUUGUGGCUUCCGAGUAAAGGCCGCGAUUUUCAAUAUUACGCCAACCUGCCUAUCUUAGGUACCUAUUCAAUUGGAUCACUCUAAUUUCAUUCAUAAUUGUUCAAGUCAAAUGAUAUAGGACCCCAUUGAUCUUGUGAGAUUCUAAUUAUUAUUGCCCGAGGAAACAUUCUUCGCUGUACCAGCUAUGGAUGUCGAACAGAACGAGCCACUGCCCCUCAUCUUAGACUUGUACGACCAUGAAGAUGUCGAAGAUAGAUUUUGCGCGGGCUUGUUGAGAACUCUGGUUGACGGUUCCCAAACCCCAUUGUGGGUCGCCACCGAGCUUGAUACCUGGGUUGUGCAGGAAUCCUCGCGCAAGCUGCAAGUACUCCGGGAGCGACCGGGCUUCAUAGAGACAGAUGAUACCGGUCGUGUACUCCGCCAUAGUACGCCGAAUGCUAGCGGAUACGUUGAUCGCUUUUUCCAAUUUUUCCCCAAUUUGUGUUCUGUUUUCCCGCCGUAUCAUGAAGGGCAAACCAGAAUUGUUCAGUUUCUUGAAGCCUUGAUGGCCAUGCCCGAACACCAGGCCCCUGAUUACUUUUCAGACGAUGAUGCGCUCAAGGAUGUCCAGAUGAUGUCGCUGUGGUCAGACAAGGGUUACUCAACAGAGGAACUUCGUAUCGGAGCAGAUGCUAUCAGAUACCCAGACUCGGGAAUUGACACUCCAGGGAGCGAGACAGAGGCCCGCUGGCGUAACUACCAGUCUGCUCUAGCGCGCAUCGCCGCGACGGGCUUUAGCGAUUGCGGAUUCAAUAGCGCGCUGCGGGAUAUUGUGCCCUACGGCAAAAAAUGCCCCAGCUUCAACGUCCGCUUAACCUCCAAGCCUGAACAAAUUGGGGGUCAUAUUCAAGGCGCGGCACAGUGGGUCAUAUGGCCUGACGAGUUACGCUACGUCUAUGAGCAGUGCAAGAAGAAAGAGAGGGUAGAUACGGAGAAUCCUCGAGACACAUGGAGCAUGCAAAAUUGGAGAAUAUGGAAAGCGCAAUUCGAACUUGCUGCUGGCGACGAGAGGGUUGAUACACGGGCUCGUGCGAUGGCUGCCACAGCCGUUGAAAAGAUGAAUGCAGUCGAAGAGCAGGUUACGUCCUAAUACUCCUUAGAACAGCAUCUAAUGACUUGUAGGAGCGACUUAAAGCUCUUCUAGUUGGCUAAAGGAGAGGUAGGCAAGAAAUACGGUACAUAGGUAUAAGCCAGAUUUGCUUCUUGGAGAGAAAUAAUAUAGGAAUAGGUACCAUACGCUUCGAAGAUAUUAGGUCACUGUCUAUGAACUCAUUCCCGCUCCUUAAAUACAUGCAAGCCACUUUUCGAUGAGGUCCGCAAAUAAUCGCUAUUAAUAUAAAACUAUGACCAUCUUGCAAUAUUAUAGAGUAACACGAC